UAAUGUCAUAAGAGGACCAACAACAAAAUGGUUAUAGCCUCUAGUGUCUUUUGGCAUUGUGGCUUCCACACAUAUCUCAUAGACAUUACACAACACAUGCAUGUCUUUAUAAAUAUUUACACCUCACCCUUCAAUACCCACCCAACUAUCUUUCUCUCUCUCUCUCUCCAAACACAACCAAAAGCAUUUCUCUCAAAUUCACCCAAACACAAAAAAAAAUGGCUAUCCUCAAGAAAUCUACAAAACUCGCUCAAACAGCAAUGCUUAGGCAGAUUCUGAAGAGAUGUUCAAGCUUGGGUAAGAAGAACGGAGGAGGAGGAUAUAUAGAAAGUGAUCUCCCGCUUGAUGUACCAAAGGGACACUUCCCUGUCUACGUAGGAAACAACAGGAGCAGAUACAUAGUUCCUAUCUCCUUCUUGACCAAUCUUGAUUUCCAAUGUCUCCUUAGAAGAGCUGAGGAAGAGUUUGGUUUUGAUCAUGACAUGGGUCUCACCAUUCCUUGUGACGAACUCUUCUUUCAAGAUCUGACUUCUAUGAUCCGAUGAGAUCUCAAAAGUUCAUAGAACAAAACUAAGAAGAAGAAGAAGAAGUAAGCUAAAGGUGACUGAGAUCGAGAUGGGUAAAGAUGAAGUUUUUUUUUUUUUUUUUUUUAUUAGCUUCUCUCUUUUUUUAAAACAUCCUCUCUCUUUCCUUUAGUUUAAUGACUCUUCGAUGUCUUUCCUAUAUUCUCUCUGUUUUUUUUUUCGUUUCUAUUUUUAAGCUCAUCUUGGGUCUUUUUUACGGGUCAAUAAAUUUGACUCGGAUAUGAAAUUUUUUUGGGUUCAGAUCUGUCAAGAUAGCUUGUAAUGUUUUCCUAUUUGGUUUGUUAUUGAACUUGUGAGAGAGGUUAAUUAUGAUUUUUGAUGAUUAAUGUACCUUUACUAUUAAAUUUA